AUGAAUAAGCCGACGGAAGACGCCAGAGUUGGCGCAUCUGUCGGUGGUUUGCGCUUGCCUUUGCUUACACCCAUGCAGGAAGAAAUUCAUUGGGUUGAUGCUGAGAAAGGCCGGAGAGCAGACGAGCAAUUGGAGUUUAGAGUGAGCGGAUCCAUUCUGGCUCAGCACGCUGCUGAAGCUUUGAAGAGUCGAGAGCUGCGUGUUGCAGUGGAUGCAGAAUGGCAGGACCCUAGGCCGCUGUCGCUUCUGCAGCUGGCACUCUCUGUCCGAAAGCAGCCUCCAACAGUCUUUUUGAUCGACAUGGUGCAGCCGCCCUGUGAGUCAACACUGGAUUGGUGCCGGAAGUUGUUGACGGGCAAGCACGAAGUCCUGGUCUUCAGCCCAAAGGAGGAUUCGCGAAGACUCGAAGAGGUCGGCUUGUUACCAGGAGUUGAUCAGUCAAACUGGUUGGAUUUGCAGCGACUUGAUUGGGGUUUGGGCAAUCAGCCUGGUCUUCAAGCAGUC